AUGGAAGACCUGGUGUACGCCUGGCCAAGUAACCCUGUUCAAAUCUCCAUUCUGUCUCCUUCUGCCUACACCACAAAAUCUGCCGAUGAUGCACUCUCCUGUUGCAGCUCUCCCUGUAUACUUAGACCAGGCGUCCAAGGGUCAAUUCUGUCAACUAACCAACACAUCGGCCAUUUCAAUGAUAGUCCCUUCUCUAGGCUGAACUCAGAUCUGGCAAACGUUGUCAAUGCGCUACCGCCUUGCACAAUCUCUCAGCAUCCCAAGGCCAUGUCUACUUCUAACAUUCCCCUCAAGCAAUCUUACGUCAUCACAAUCUUAGGUGUUGUCAAAACCGGUGCUCUGCUCCCUCCAUCGGACAGCCGUAACUAUUCAUAUCGUGCAUGUACCGUUGCUAUCACCACAAAGGGGUGGAACUUAGAUAAUCACAAGGAAUAUGACAGUAAAUGGACAGCUUACUGUUCCCCUCUCAAAGUACCCAACAAAGGCAAGUGCUUUGUUACCAAGGCUCGAUUCCUGCCAGUCAAGGACACCGCCGACUUCAACAGGUACUACGAAGCAGAUCAUAAGAUAUUCGUUGGAACUAGCGAGACAUUCACAGGUGUUCUCCAUAACAAUACUGCUCUCACCAGUCUUGGUAUCAUAUCCAGUUGCAGAACCAUCCGGGCCAAUGACGACAGCAAGUCUGUACUUUGCUUUGUCAUGAAACAUAUUGAUUAUCAGCCUCAGGCAGGCAAAAACCAAUACUUUGAGAUCAAUUACAGAAUCCGUCCAACGCAAAACAUGGAACAAAGUCAAAAGCUGGUACAGGAUGGAAGGGAAACUUUAAUAUCUGGCUUCAUCAUUGAUUUUGAUUCUGGGGCCAAUAGAUUCAUCAUCAAGGUCACGUCUGUCAGUCCCUGCACAGGGAACAAAGGUAGUGGUGCCACAAAAACCGCUCCAUCCGCCCAUGUCACACCAGCAGGGCAUGUUGCGACUCCAGUCACUCCCAUGAACGCUGUCGCAGGUCCUUCUUCAGCGCCAGCUGCAACAACGUCCAACAAACGGAAAGCUGCAGCAGCUGAGGAGCCAAUUCCCUUGCCACUCGCUGCUGGCCGGCAAACCCGCCCUGCUAACCCUGAGCAAGGGGGGUACGCCACUCCCAAAAUCAAAUCAUCAAUCGUAAAUUACAGUGGGGUGUCCGCCACUUUACAUAUACACAUAACACAAAACUACACACCUACUUUUGAAAAUCAUCUCAAACAAUCAUCACCACUCACUCUUCAAGACCUUCAUCAUCUCGCCGGAUACACAGGACAGGCUUUGUUAAGCAUCAUUCUUAAAAAAGUAGAAGACUCAAUUCGGUGCAUUGGAUGGACACCAUGGACGCUAGCUUUGUUAUACCUCGAACUAGCCAUGCCUCUUCCAAUCUUUCAAACUGGACCGUGCCCUGGGUGCAGUGCUCUUUUCAAAUUUCAAAUCAAAGAUGUGUGUGAUGAAUGUACUGAUCUGGAGAACACCAAGGAAGGAUUGCAAAUUCCACGAAAGGAUUACUGUGAGGGAUGUGGUGAUGGAUACCGACGUUUGAAGGACAACAUCUGUGGUCCUUGCCAAGGCCUCAUUAAAGCACCAACUAGCCUGACUUUACCAGAUUCCCAUUGGUCUCACUCAUCGACUAGUCGUGGUCCAAGGGGCAUCAAUCAUCCAUCAAAGAUACAAUCAACAAACAAUACUAAAUCCAUACCAAUUGAUUUUGUCUACCAGAUUGAUGGCAACCCAAUGCCACACAAUUUCACUGCUUUCACGGUCUCAGUGGAUCUCAGCAAUCGAUCAUGGUAUUCGAACUUUGAGAAGGAUGCAUUUGAGUUCUUCCGUAUGAAAUCAGUCAAUAAAUUACCAAGCAAAUUUCAAUUAGAUGAUGGGUGUCCUGAGGUCCCAGAAUUUGACGAGCAAUGGGUAUACUUAGGUCAGGUCCGAAAUAAGAGGAGUGUUAUUUUCUCUUUGGAACAGCAUGUUGUCGAGCUGUUGGAGCGUCCACCACAACGGGGUGCUUUAUUUUUUGUGAUGUUUAACGCCGACGAUUCUCUUCAUGUCAAGCAAUCAGAAAAUGCAGCUUCCUACAUACCCGACAAGAAGAAAAAGCGGCAAUAUGGUGGUGACUCAGAGGCAUACUUGCCUUCUGAUGAUCUUUCUGAUUCUUUGGCUGGAGAAACAACAAAUCAUCUUAGCAUUCGCAAAUCCAAACAAUUACAAUUACAAUCUCCAUCAGGAACCUGUGAUGAAUCACAGCUUCCUUCUCAAGGAUCCAAUGGUGGUGAUCUCCCGGAUAUUGAUGAUUAUCUUGAUGGUCCAACUGUCACCCCGACACAAUUGAAGAGGCCUAUCAAGGAGACACAUAAAGACCAAACACUCCAAGCAGUUACCUCUGAACCAGUCAACAUACCCGAGAAACGCACUUGGGUGUCUGAAGUAGGAGGAAUUGCAAAAACGUUAACUAUCCUGCAGGAGUCAGAGGAAUCUGAUACUGCCUCUGUGGCUGAGGAGUUCAAAAUUGGAUGGAUUUGCCUUGAAGACUUUGUUCAAUUUAAUGAAACCAAGUCCUCCUAUGUGGGUGAUGUGAUGCUUGGGAGUGAUUUAUUCACAAACUUCCUCUUGAAUCCUUACGGCGGCUCUACAUAUGGUUCUUCAAUCAAUUACGAUCCAAGUGAUCCAAACUAUAGGAUUUGUUUGAGUGCGGAGGUACAGAGAUUGAUUGUGAGCUUUCAAAAGAAGGUGAUUGAUAACUUGGGAAUUUCACCUGAUAUGAGAGAAAUGUGUCUUUCACUCCAAGUUGCUAAAACUCUCACCUUUACAACCGCUCAUGAAUGCAAGGAACAUCCCAGGCUAUUUUCAUGUAGGGAACAAGGAGUUGGAUAA